UAUGAAGUAUUUACGGACGUUGACAGUCUUUCUGCUGUUGGUCAUACAUACGUGUAUACCAGAUGGAAUGGCUUCAACGUCACACUGCCCGGACUCCGUCUGUUUCUGUCGGGUUUUGGACACCGCAGACUGCUCUUACAGAAAUCUCAGCAAUAUACCAAGUGGUCUCCCAGCCUCGAUUCGGUCUCUGGUUAUGUCGGGGAACCCAUUGUAUUCUCUUUCCGAUGAUUUCUUUCGUCCUGUUGAAAACCUUACCUUGAAGAAUUUAGCUCUAGAUAAAUGUAAUAUUUUCAGAAUGUCUACCUUUACUCUAGAACCAUUGAGAUCACUAGAGAUGUUGGAUCUUUCCAGUAAUAAGUUAUACAACGCCAUAUUAGAUGAAUGUACUGAGAAACUGGGGUACUCGACCCUUAAGGUUUUGAACCUGUCGGGAAAUUUGUUGUAUACUUUAGACGCUAUAUAUAAUUUUUUGGAAAACAAAUGGUUUUCAAAUUUGACAGACCUUAUUAUGCAACAAAGUCAGGUUAGAAAAGUGGAAAUGAAGAGUUUAAAAAAUCUUCUUUAUCUGCAAACACUUGAUUUGAGCCAAAACGCCAUAGAACAAUUUUCUUCAUAUGGAUUGCCGACUCUAAAAACUUUGGAUCUGUCAUCGAACUCCCUUCCAGAAUUCCCGAGGCCUUGCAAUGGUUCAAAUAAUCCUUUUUAUCCGAAAUUAGAGAACCUAUUUCUCCGCAGAAAUCGAAUCUCGGAGACCUAUUUCCUCGAAGAUUACGGACAUUGCUUAACAGCUUUGGUCAAAUUAGACCUUUCUCUGAAUCCUAUAAAGAUUAUUCUGCCAUUUGCUUUUGUAUAUUUUAAGGAUUUGACAUAUCUAUAUUUAGAACAGCUUUUGAGUGUCAUAGAAGUGAACAAGUUUGCUUUUGCAACCCUAAAUCUACGAGAGCUUUCGAUAGGAAACACUGUAAAGGGAUACAUGAAUGUGGUUGAUUUUAAUACGUUUCUUCUUUACAAUCCCUUUUUGAAAAAUCUAACACUGAAUAACAUAAAUCUAUCUCUUGUAAACACAUCAAGGAUGCUUUCUAAGUUGACUAAUCCAACUUCCCUGUCUAUCCUAAACUGUAACAUACAAAACGUCCCCACCUUAACAAAUCUUCCAUUGCUAUCGUCGAUUGAUAUGAGCUUUAAUCCAAUUCAGUCUCUGCAUGCUGAAGCCUUUCAAUUCCUGGGCAAAUUAAAGUAUAUCUCUUUAAAGAGUAAUGCGCUUACAUCCGUUACACUUGAAUCUUUACCAAGAGUUCUCUGGGAUACGAGUGAUGUUUUGAUUGAUCUCUCAUCAAACCCCUUCGAUUGUGUCUGUAGUUUGGAGUGGUUCGUUAUGGUAUGA